AUGGCCCCCAACCUCUUCCUCUGUGCCCGCACCAUAUUCUGCCCGAUCUAUUGGUUUCAAAAGGGCAAUCGCGACUCCAACCUCAAAGAACAGCACUGGCAAUCCCCCGUUCCGGGCACUUACAAGUUCUUCCCGGGACGCGGAUGGCACCUCAUUCGUCGGGACGACUGUGAUCAUGAUGAAAAAGUCCCCGCUGCGCUAGUCUACUGCCGCAUCCUUCACCGUUACAUGUUUGAAUCUGAACUGGAAAAUCGCUGUCGCUGGUUCGAAGCCCCGAUGCACAAAGGUGGCCGUCCGGAAAAGCUACGCUUCUUCCGCCUUGACGACGGUAUCCACUGGGUCGCUGGCUGGGAUGCCCAUGGAAGCUUCAUCCUUGGCCCUUACCCCAAGUGGUAUCUCGAUGAAGAUGGACAUACCAUGCGUCGCGGUAAUUCACCGCCCACCAGUGCCAAUGUCUCCCGUUGCAGCAGUAUCAUCGCUGGCAAAUUUGAAUGA